CAGCCGCCCGCCUGUCCGCGCCUAGUUAGCGCCAGGCGCGGGGGCUCGGCGCUCGGCGCUCGGCCCUCGGCUGCCUCCCCGCGCGGAAACGGGGGGAACCGUAUGGGAUUGCACAGGGUGAAGGGCCGAGGCAGGAUUUGGGCGCCCAAGGCAUUAAGUGCAGGGUAGAAGGAAAGGCAGCGUAAAAAAGAAAAAAAGCCUCAUGGAUAGGAAGAAGUAUUAGAAAACCGUCAACGUUGUUUGGUCAAACGCCAAAAGGGGGUUACUUCUGCUCUCCAGACACACGCAGGAGCUCUCCCCUUGGAAGAAAAAGUUAAAUGUUAAAUUUGUUUCUCGGUUGAGGCCGAAUUUGUGCAUAAUUACCUACAGCAGGUCAGCAGCUUAAUUUAAAAUAGAGAAAUUGAAGGCUAAUUGAGAAUUGCUUCAGAUUUCCAAGCUCUCUGGGAGACUGCGCCAACUUCAGAACUGCUAUGGAGCUGUCCCGUUCCCCCCAACACAUCGCUUGACAUCUGAAGAAGUAUUUGAUAUGGAUGGGAUACCCAGGGUUGAUGUUCUGAAGAACCAUUUAGUAAAAGAAGGUCGGGUAGAUGAAGAAAUUGCACUUAGAAUUAUCAAUGAGGGUGCUGCCAUCCUUCGGAGAGAGAAAACCAUGAUAGAAGUAGAAGCUCCAAUUACAGUGUGUGGUGACAUCCAUGGCCAAUUUUUUGAUCUGAUGAAACUUUUUGAAGUGGGAGGAUCACCUGCUAAUACACGAUACCUUUUUCUUGGUGAUUAUGUGGACAGAGGUUAUUUUAGUAUAGAGUGUGUCUUAUACUUAUGGGUCCUGAAGAUUCUAUACCCAAGCACAUUAUUUCUUCUGAGAGGCAACCAUGAAUGCAGACACCUUACUGAAUAUUUUACCUUUAAGCAGGAAUGUAAAAUUAAAUAUUCAGAAAGAGUCUAUGAAGCUUGUAUGGAAGCAUUCGAUAGCCUGCCUCUUGCUGCACUUUUAAACCAACAGUUUCUUUGUGUUCAUGGUGGACUUUCACCAGAAAUACACACACUGGAUGAUAUUAGGAGAUUAGAUAGAUUCAAAGAGCCACCUGCAUUUGGACCAAUGUGUGACUUGCUAUGGUCCGAUCCCUCUGAAGAUUUUGGAAAUGAAAAAUCACAGGAACAUUUUAGUCACAAUACAGUUCGAGGAUGUUCUUAUUUUUAUAACUAUCCAGCAGUGUGUGAAUUUUUGCAAAACAAUAAUUUGUUAUCGAUUAUUAGAGCUCAUGAAGCUCAAGAUGCAGGCUAUAGAAUGUACAGAAAAAGUCAAACUACAGGGUUCCCUUCAUUAAUAACAAUUUUUUCGGCACCUAAUUACUUAGAUGUCUACAAUAAUAAAGCUGCUGUAUUAAAGUAUGAAAAUAAUGUGAUGAAUAUUCGACAGUUUAAUUGUUCACCACAUCCUUACUGGUUGCCCAAUUUUAUGGAUGUCUUCACAUGGUCUUUACCAUUUGUUGGAGAAAAAGUGACAGAAAUGUUGGUAAAUGUUCUCAGUAUUUGCUCUGAUGAUGAACUAAUGACCGAAGGUGAAGACCAGUUUGAUGUAGGUUCAGCUGCAGCACGGAAAGAAAUCAUAAGAAACAAAAUUCGAGCAAUUGGCAAGAUGGCAAGGGUCUUCUCUGUUCUCAGGGAGGAGAGUGAAAGCGUGCUGACACUCAAGGGCCUGACUCCCACAGGGAUGUUGCCUAGUGGAGUGUUAGCUGGAGGACGGCAGACCCUGCAAAGUGCCACAGUUGAGGCAAUUGAGGCUGAAAAAGCAAUACGAGGAUUCUCUCCACCACAUAGAAUCUGCAGUUUUGAAGAGGCAAAGGGUUUGGAUAGGAUCAAUGAGAGAAUGCCACCCCGGAAAGAUGCUGUACAGCAAGAUGGUUUCAAUUCUCUGAACACCGCACAUGCCACUGAGAACCACGGGACUGGCAACCAUAGUGCCCAGUGACCCUCGGCUUCCCAGGGACUCUCACAUCUCGGGCCCCAAAUGGACAAAUCACCCGAGGAGCCGGAGGGGUCGGCCAAGCUGACUGUAAAUGUCACAGUCCCUCUGGAAAAACCAUUGUGCUUUUGAGACCCCAGCCCCUCCUGAAUGGAGGGUUGAGGGCCCUGGGACAUGUUGCAUUAUCUGAUAAGAUUGGGUCAUCGCUGCCACGAUGGAGAGCAGAGAGCAAGGGGCUUGGGGCAAUUUCCAGUGGAGGGAGUCUACACCUCCAUUUAUGCUUGUGGUUCACACAUUUAAGUUUACAAAUGAGAUUUCUUUUUCCCCUCAGUAGAAUUAGAUUUUGUUUUUCAACCAUGACUUCAAAUACAAUUCUAAGAGCUAAUAUGGACUUUUUUUUUUCUUUCCAUGAAAUGUCUUUAAAGGAUGAAUUAGCAUGGUCUUAAAAUACAUUUCUUAGGUUACUAAGCUGUAUUUUGAAUUAUGGGCAAAAUGCUAAGAAACCCAGUUGGCAUUUAUACAAAAUGCUGACCUCAGGUCUAGAGUUCUUAAAUGUGGCUAAUUCUGUAACAUAGUGUUGGUAUUUUUCAAUUAUGAAUGCAUAACCUCUUUAUAGGCAGAACUCUCUUACUUGAACACAAAUCCAAAAACUAAUUUAGGAUCUUUUUUGCCCAGAUCUUUUGAAAUUUAUACCCCAGAGAUUUAAGAAGAAAACUUCUAAAUUUCAAAAAUAUGAAGAAUUACAGAAUUACUCAUUUAAGGUACUUUAAAAGAAGUUUGUACAUUGUCAAAGUAAAUUUUAAUUCAAAUCAUGUCUGUAAAACUUGACGUAUUUUGUGUAUGCAUGUUUUCAUUUUGCAAAUAUUUAAUAUAUAGACCUAUGAUGUACAGGUACGACAUGUAUAGGUUACCUAGAUGUUAUGAGAAAUUUUAGUUUAUCGUGAGUACUCAAGUUGCUUAAGUAGCCACCAGAGUGAUUUGCUGCUGGCUUACUAUCAUUUUUAUGUUUUAAUGCAAAGGAAAUUUUAAAAUGUUCUGGAAGUGUUUUUAAUUAAGCGAUGCAGCAUAGAAGCAAUGGUUCUGUUCAAUCUUCCAGAUGUUAGUGGAAGCAUAAAAGUCAAGACUGCAUGCUGAAAUUCUUAUUUUGAUAGUUACAGAACUGCUUGGUUAAAUUAAAUGGAACCAUGUGCUCAUUUUUCACAAUUAUUGACCUGUAUCGAUUGCCACUGUAGUUUGGUAUUUUCCUUUACUUUGGUGGCCUGCUUCCCUCAUGCCCUGGAAUACAACUCAGAGCUCCAGGCAGCGGAACCGUCUAUUGUUUUGUUUGCCAGAAAGUGCACCCUGUAUGGUCUCCUGUCUCAGUUGGAAAUAUUAUGCAUGUGCAGGACUAUACGAGUAUUUUAUAAACAGUAGCACACAAUAAAUUCCAUGCAUGGGCCGCUGCUCCUAUCUCUGUGUUGGGU